AUGCCAUCCGCCUACCAAAUCCACGGCCGCACCACCCACCCCUGGACCACGCCCGCCGGCCUCUCCAACCUCCGCUUCAACAACGAUGUCCCACUCCCCACAGCUAUUCCACUCGGCCAUGCGCUUGUGCGGAUCCGCGCCGCAGCCCUGAAUGCAAGAGACAUGAUGGUCAUCUCGCACGAUCCCGUGUAUCCCGGGGAGGGAGAGGAGGGGUUCGAUUGGAGGGAGCAUAGUGUGAGGGUUAAGGGGGCGGGGAGUAUGCAGGGGACGUUGAGGGAGUUAGGGGUUUUUAGGGACGAAGAACUCAUCCGCGCCCCGGAUCAUCUCUCGUUUGAAGAACUCGCCGCGAUACCGGCGACUGGUGCUACGGCCAUCCACGCACUGCUGUAUAGCCCGCAACCAUUGAGAGCGGGACAAACGGUCCUGGCGCAAGGCACAGGCGGCGUGUCGUCGUUCGUGAUUCAGAUCGCCGCAGCCCUAGGCGCCACUGUCAUCGCAACCAGUUCCUCGGACGCCAAACUCGAGCAAGCCAAAAAGCUAGGCGCCACGCACACCAUUAACUACACUACGCACCCCUCCUGGUCGACCGAAGUCUUGCGCCUCACCUCUGGCAAAGGCGUCGACAGCACCAUCGAUGUGGCAGGCGCAUCCACGAUUCAGGAAUCCCUGAGAUCGACGAGAAAGGGAGGGCAGGUCUGCCUCGUGGGGUUUCUCUCGGAGUCAAAGGGAACGGAUCUGGUGGCGGAGAUGAUUUUCGGGGCGAAGACGGUCUAUGGGGUGUUGGCUUUUACGAGGGGGAUGGUGGAGAGGGCGGUUGAGGUGUAUGCGAGGAAUAAGGGGUUGAGGCCGCAGGUGGGAGAGGUGCAUGGGUGGGAAGAAGGGGAGGUUAGGAAGGCGUUUGAGACGUUGGUCAGAGGUGGUGCUGUGGGGAAGAUUGUUAUCAAGGUCGGAGGCGAGGAUUGAGGGUGAAUACAUGUUAGUUUCAUGGGGAUAUGAAGAGCGCACAGGGAAGCAGCUGCGUCCAGUCAUUUGAUUCAUCUCAAUCUGCCUUUAUCUCCCGUCACUUGGGUACAGGGUGCCACGUAGCCAUCUGGCUGACUUGCAGAACGUCGCUCUCCUCAUAAAACCUC